CUUCAUCCUGCUUUCUUUCAUCGUUCUCUCUUCCAUCACUAUCCCUCCACGUCGGUCCCCCCUUGCCUACACCAGAAAUGAACGCGACCCGCCAACUCUUGAAGCCCCGGCUGUUCUACGCCUACCUCCCCGAUACCGUCGGACCCAAUGUCCUCGCUACGCGUCUCAAGGCCAGGCCUGCCCACUUGAAGCGGGCUGAAGAAGACAAGAAGACUGGCAAACUCGAAUUCGGCAGGGGGUUCUUGCCUCCCCCAUCACAUCCCCUCUACAACGACCCAGCCCUCCCUGUCGGUGCUCAGCCCAUGGCAGGCUCCAUUAUGUUCUUCCGUAUGGAAAGUCUUGAAGAAGUGUGGGACAGACUGAAGGGAGAUGUCUAUUGGACGGAAGGUAUCUGGGAUCAGGAAAAGACGCAAGUUGGAGAAUUUGUCAAGCUGCCAGGGGACGACGCUUGACCCUACUGUCUUGGAUUCCUGGACAAGUUUCGCAUCAUAUGAAUGGAAGU